AUGUGCUCAGAGAAGGUGAGCAUCAUUUACUGCAGGGAUAGACAAACUUCCAGCUUUUUGGAGCUAGUCUGUUGUUAUUUUUUUACUAGAAUCCCACAACGUACUAACUUGAGCCAGGAGCAAAGGACAAAAAGAUUAGAAUUUCAAAAAGCAGGGUGCCUCUGAGCACAUUCUAGUUAGUUAGCUAGUUCCAGGACCAAAAUGAGCUCACAGUUCUUUUGUGGGGGGUGGGGGAGCCCAUUCCUGGUUUACUCAACCUUUCAUAAUUUCAGCAGUCUUAAUUUAAGAGGGGAAAGAAGGCACCUUUUUGCUGCUGCCAUUGUUAAAUAAUUGGGAGUCAGAAAUCUUUGCCAGUCUACUGCAGAUGACCCAGACACCCCAGUCAACUGUCUACCCACCUCAAAAUAGUGCUGUGCAAUGACCAAGCAAUAAAGGCAUUUUAUUAUCUCGGCUUUGCACUAAACAGCAUGGGCCAGUGGUCCUGGGAUAUCACCAGGAAUCUCGGCAGAAUAUACAGGGGAGCUGGAACACAGAGGAAACGGAAGGCAGGUGAACCAAUAACAUUGUGCCAGCCCACCUGAGCAGGAUGCCUGUGGCUGCUGCUGAAGAAUGUGUUAUAACUGGCAGAGAGUACAAUCAGAGAAAAGAGUUUCCUUUUAAGCCUUAGGAAAUCACUUUGAAGAGAAUAAUGUUAUCAGGGCAACUGUAAAUACUAACAGAACUGUCCUUGUUCCCCUGGCUUUAUCUGCAGCAAGUGAAACAAACGUGGUCAUAGGCGAUGGGGAACUAUGGACAAAGAGGAGCCCACACAUUCCUUUUUCUGAUUUUUUUUCUCUCUCUCUCUCUCAAAUAUUUGCAGGUAUUGGCUGGUACUGGUGAGGCAGGUAAAGCAAGUUUGUCUUGGGCGUGUUCCCACUUGACGGAGAUUGGCAGCUUCCAAAGAAAUCCGACAGCAUCCCAGCAGGAGAGCCUGGGUGUGGUUGUAGAAAUUGCUGUCUUGCCGCUGCCUGAUGCCAAGGACAUUGUAGUAUUCUGGGUAAGUGGACCUUCUUUAUUUCUAGCAGAGUCAUUGACAUUCUGACCAAGCCCUUGUCCUGGGCAUGUUUCCUGAUGCUAAUCAUCUAGAAAUUGAUUUCCUAUGUUGCCUUGGGGGGUGGGGGUGGGGGUGAAGAUGAGAUAUAAAUGUUACAAAUAUGUUGAUCUGAGGAUAUAUGUCCUUCUGGAAAGAGUUUGGCCAACUUCCUUAACAACCACACACGCCCUUCAUCCAGCAUGCACAAUACCAGUAAUUUAUGGCAGUGGUUUCUCCAAGUUCUAUGCCAGUAUUGGGGAACCUGUGACAUGCCAGAUGUUGUUGACUACAACUCCCAUCAGCCCCAGCUAAGAUAGGUAAUGGUCAGGGCUGAUGGGAGUUGUAGUCAAACAAAAAAUCUUGAGGGCCACAGCUUCCCUACCCAUACUCUGUGCCAUUGUGAAUUAUAACACUCAUCUUCUAGAUCCCUUUCCCCCACACCAUCCAGUGGGGGCAUGCUAUAGUGUAGCUUGUUGCUUCUUGAACAAGAGGUGCACACUGAAUGUUGGAACUACAGUGUGAAAACCACAAUGUCUCCUUCCCUCUUUCUUCAUGGAGCCUUGUGCACCUUGCACCAACAAAUUUUGGGGUAAAAUAAGCUUAGUGUGAAAUAAGUGGGGCAUAAUCUACAAAAGUGGAUACAAUAGCAAAACGCAUUAAGGUGCCAUAAGUCUCUUUUUUGUUUUUGCUGCAACAAACUAACACGGCUACUUAUCAUUUCAGUGUCAGGUCCCUGGUAUUAAACAGGGAUUUCAAGCACACUCAACCGCCAUCUUGUUUUUUUUGCAGAAGUGCUAG